GAGAUACUAUGCCUUGAGAUAGUGCCGAGUAAUUAGAGGCCACUCAUCUUGGUUUCUGUUCCCUGUCUGUUCUGAUCUCCGUGACCGUAUUGGAGUAUACCCUACAUGGUGUUAUAUACCGUCUCCUAUGGCCCCUCCAACAUCCAAGCGAAUUAAAACUUCCGUACCCACCAGCACACCCUCUCACUUGUUAGCUCAUCAGCAAAUCAACCCUUUUCAAAGAGUGCCUUCCUUCGAGGGCAUUCCUAUGCCCCAGACACAGACACCCCCCUCGAAUCCGCGGAAACGACGCGCUUCGCAGUCUGGUUCGGCGUCGACGAUGGCAGCUCCAGCAUCCACUGGAGCGACGGGGGAGGCCGCCCCAGAAGGGACUCCUAAGAAGAAGGGUCGAACCAACACCCCCUGGACCGCAGAAGAGGAGCAGCGACUCAAAACUAUGCGCGAUGCUGGUCGAAGCUGGAGCGAGAUUGCCAAGACCUUCCCCGCUCGGACUGAAGGAAGCGUGAAGAAACACUGGUAUAAGGAUAUGCACUACGCUGAGUUUGCCGAGAACGAGUCGAUAGCGCUCCGCGAUGCGAUCAAGGAAUAUGAAGCCAGUAAGUGGAAGGUCAUCGGACAGAAAGUUGGAAAGCCUGCCAAGGCGUGCGAACAAUAUGCCAAGGAACAUUUUAAGGACCUUUAGAUGCUUGGUGAGAUUGACGACGUGACGACCUAUGCACCAUGCGAUGCAUCAUGAUUUGCCCGCCCUCUUGAUUCUUUUCUCCCUUUUUUUUCCUAUGUCCCU